GCCACCCAGGCCACUGCCCCUCAGCUGUAACGGAAUCUUCUCAGAUGGUCUGUGAGCUCCGGCAGCUCCGGUUCCCACUCCGCUCGAGGCUCUGAUCACCGGCAGGUGGGCAAGAUCACCCGGUGGUGCGGCCCCUGCGGGAGCCCAGGACCAUGCCACAGUAAAUGAGGACUGUAGCACAAGCCUUGAGCCCCAGCUCCCGGCCAGAGGCAGGACAUCAGGCCAGAAGGGAUGCGACGGCCACUCCAGGCUCACCGACGCCCAGAACAGGGAGGGAGGGCAACAGGGAGUGCCCCCCUUCGAUCCUGAGACUAAGCCGGCCGGAGCACUGCGGCCACGGGGCUGAGCCACAGAGGACCUCGAGGCAUGUGCGGUUCCACGAGCCCCUGGAGGUGGCCGUCCACUACAUCGCCGGCAGGGAGCCCACUGCCAUCGCCAAGGCGUCUGGCUGGCCCAGUGCCCCUGCUGUCUCCCUGCUCCUGCGGCUGUCUGUGUGCGCCCUGCUGUUGCUGGCGCUGGCGCUGUACUGUGGCCUCGAGGACCUCCGGGCCCGGCUCCUCGUCCUGGUCCUGCACCUACGACACGCAGCCCUCGCCUGCUGGCACUGCCUCCUACAGCUUUGAUGGGCACACGGGCACAGGAACCACGCCUCCAGCCCUGUGGCCCCCUGGCGGGCAGGGCUGCAAGGGCAAGCCCAGGGUGGGUCUGAGCGCCCUGGCAUGGAGCAACACAGGGUGAACUUGGGGACCAA